AUGGCAAAAUUAGGUAGCUCAUACAUUCUCCUUGCUAUGCUAGUCUUACUCUUAUCGGUACUUGCUAAAAUUUCCGAAAGUAGAGUUGCACGAAAGGACCUAGGCAUCGACUUAGGUGGCGGCACUGGAGUCAGCAUAGGUGCCGGAAUUGGUGUUGGUUUGGGAGGAGGUGGCUCGGGAGCUGGAGCCGGUUCUGGAUCUGGCUCUGGCUCGGGUGGGGGUUCUAGCUCGAGUUCUAGUUCGAGCUCAAGUUCUAGUUCGAGUUCGAGUUCUGGGUCAGGCGGUGGAAGUGCUGGGUCAGAAGCUGGGUCGUAUGCAGGAUCACGAGCUGGGUCUGGUUCGAAUGGGGCAGGGUCAGAAGCGGGGUCGUCUGCAGGAUCUAGUGCUGGAUCAGGCAGCCACCACGGAUGA